AUGAAGAUCUCCACCCUGACAUCGUCGAAAGAGGAUCGAUACAGCUGCAACCCUAGAUGGCUCGUGGCGUUCUGUUUCAGCGCUACUGGCGAGGGCUUCGACUUCCAUGGAGCGGCUCACGCUUUGAACAACACCUUCGGCGGCAUUCCCAAACUUUUCUUCUCGGAGGUGGCACACAUCGCGGUGUCGUUGAACCAGGGGAAGAAGACUUCCGCGAGCCGUAAGAAGGCACCAGCGAUGGACGACAAGACCGGAAACAGCGACAUCUUCAUCUUCAAGGACGGGUCCAUGGUGCUGUGGGGGUUUCCUGCGGAAUAUGAGAACAAGAUCCUAUCUAUCGUUCAACCUUUCCGGGAAACUCGAACAGAUGAGCUGUUCCUCCCUUCGAUCAUCGGGGCUGUCCAGGGGCCUUCGAGAGAGGAGCUGAAGUGGUGCUUCGGAGAGAAGUUUGGUUAUGACAAAGCGUUGGACAUGCUUGUCCUGUCACACCAUGACGAGACGUCCAACGAGACGUGGAGCAUACAGCAGAACACUCUAGAGAAGGUUGCGCUCUCGCAUGGUUUGCAAAGGAGCGUGAAGAUGGAUAGAUUGGAAAUCUACAUGAACUCGCUGGUCAGGAGUUUGAAAGCCAUGCCUCAGGACAUCAUUCUGAACGUUGUCCCUCAUUCAGAGUCCGGCCACAAGUAUGCAACAUCGCUGAUUGGCCUCGCUACCUGUGUCGGGCUGAAGAGGUGUUUUGUUAGGCGCGUUCUGCAGAAGAUGGGAGAAAUUUUGUAUCUACGAGAUGUUCUCAAUCUACGAGGGUGCCUGGAAACACCCAAAGCAUACUGGAACAAACCAGAAUUGGAGGAGAUGUACAACCGGAUAUGGGUUGAGUUCGAGUUGGGGCAUCGAAUGUUCCUGCUCAAUCAGAAGGCCCAGCUGGAUUAUGCCCAUGAGCUAGUGGACGCGAGAAGGAUACAGCUCGUUGACGCACGGCAGACGAGGUUGACGUUGUACAUUAUUCUGCUGAUUUGCGUCUCGAUCGUUUUCAAUUCCAAAAAAGUGAAGCACCUGGUGUUCAAAGAACAUCGGGAUCCCGAUGAUCGGGCUAUCAUGGAAGUCAUGGAAACCAAGUCCGCCGUUCAGGGAUAG